AUUUGGCAAUUGGCAUUUUUCAAUUUCGUCAGCGCUGCGGUCGACUGUAUUUGUAUUUCAGCUGAUGACAUAGUGCUAGAUAUGUUUGAUUGGUUCAAUUAGAAUGUUACGUUGAAGUUGAACUAAUAAUUGAACUCGCGCACCUUUCGAAAUCAAGGUCUCGGCUUCAAACACGUGGAGUAUGGGAAAAUGCUUUAUUUAUCAAACAGAAGGUCUUAUCAAUAGACGUGUGUGCGAUUUUUUCGCAGCUGAUACGUUAUCAGUGAAGUGAUAAUUUAAAUAAUUUGUUUUAAAAAUGUCGACUGUGUUAGAGGAUGUGUGCGAACUUUUAGAUAGUUACAAUGGAAGAGACAAGGUUGUCCGUUUAGCUUGUUACACAUUCAAGUUAUAUGGAUGCAUUAAAGGAGAUAAGCCAUGGCAGGCAGCUGGCUCCCGGCUCUCCAAUGCAAGGAUGAUGUUGAGGCUAUUUGAUGACAUACCUAUGAUGAGGCACACAUACAACUAUGGCUUUGGCAAACAUGAGUCAUCAAAGAUAGCCGCCACCCUCGGAGUACUAGCUAAUUGUGUGGACCAAAUGUUCCUGCCAGUGGAAAAAGCAUGUUGGUUACAUGAUGUGGGCAUUUUGAAGUUGAAACCGGAUGUGGCAAAUAAACUUGAGGUGUUCAGCACAGCUCUGUGGGCCGCCAGCUUAUAUAUAUCACUUAUACAAAACUUCCGUGCACUCCGACAUCUAUGGUGGUCCCGGGAUUGUCUGCAAAGCACUGAAGAUGUAAGCGAAGCGAGACGGAAGGUCGACAUACGGCUAGCCCUACAAAUGGUCACAGCUGGGAAACUGUUCCUGGACAUAACCCAUGCUGUGAGCUGUUUACCCUCUGGAUGGCUCUGGGGAGAAAAGAUUGGUUCGACCAAAGUGGCUGCAAUCGCUACCACCUCCUCUGUGAUUGGGAUCGCUAUGUAUUUUGCGAGGAAACGACUGCUCAAAUAGUGAUAGUGUCUGUGAUUAGUGGCGAGGUGAUAAAAAAUGGUUCUUGCCUGUUGAACAAAGUGGGGGUUUGUGGGGAUAUCGAAGGUCUUCUGAGAUUUUAUAUUAUAGGUUCUUUGUUAACUAAUAUGGCGAUAUACAGGGUUAGUGGUCUCGUGCGCACAAUUUUUUUAUUUGUGGAUAUGUUGUGUUGCUUUGGUGUAUAUAGUGACAAUAAACUUGAAAACCUAAACAUUUUCAAAUGAAUUUAAAUAUAUAGGAAUUUAAAUUGGUUAUUGAAAUUUUGAAAUGAUAAUUUGAAUAUUAAUAGCUAUUUCGCAUUUGCUGGACAAGUUCUGAACAGAAAAGUAUUAUGAGGUUGUUAUAUUUGCACAUAAAUAUUUAUUUGUACAUAAUUUUCGUUAUAUUUAGUUUACUGCAAAAACAAUAAUAAUAAACAAAUAUUUUUUUUUAUAUUGAGUAAAGGUUUUAUGCAGAACAUCAUGCACCUUUUUAAAUGAAAUUGGUUAUAUAUAGAAGUACUGAUCAUAUAAUAUUAUUAGAAUGUAUUCUCAUCUUCAAUUAUAACAAAAACUAAAUGGCUUGAUAACAAAAUAAAAGUAUCACUAAAUAUUUUUGUCUAUCUAUAUGACAAAAAAGAAAUAACCAAAUGUGUUGCUAAGCGUAAAGCUCGAGAACGGCUCGACCAAUCUGGCUAACUAUUUAGGUCUUUUUUAAAGACAAGAAAGAUAUGUUGAGAACAAGUGUACCACGAGAGAAGCCGGGGCAAACCGCUAGUAUUUGAUAUAAAGAUCAUUUAAAUAAUUGAAAUGUGGCUUGAGAAUCUACGAUAAAAACAAACCUGGUGUUUGUAAUAUUGUAUUGUAAUGCGGGUCCUAUAUAUUAUAGAGAUGUUUUACCUUGUUAUUAUCCCACAAUGUGAUGUACAAACAGACGUGAUUCACAAUAUGCUCUAUGUUCCUUAUUACGUGUUGUGUGUUUCCCAUAGUACAAAAUUGUACAUACAUAUUUAUUCCUUCAAGAUUUAAUGUAUUCAUUGGUACCUGUAUGAAACUGAUUUUAAAUAAAUUUUUAUAAUUA